GGAGUGUUUGUGGCAUUAGAAAAGAGGCAGAGAAGAUCAAGGUGUUCCCAUGAUGCUGGUGACGCUUGUCCCAACCCCAACCUGCCACUCUAUAAAGCCUUUUUCCACCCAAAGCACAACACACACCGACACCCUUUUAUUUAUUUUUGAGUUUCACUAAUACAUAUCACUAUCUGCUACCUCCAAUCUCAUUCCCUAUAUUGCUACCACAACCUCUUUUUAUUAUUGUGUCCAAAUUAAUUAUACCUCUUCCUACACCAUGCAACUUUUCACAUCACCCUCCUUUUCUUUCUUCUCUUCUCACUUCAUUCUUGUUAUCAUAUCACUCUUUUUUCUCCUUCCUUUCCUCCAAUGGUGGCACCACCACAAACACAAACGCUUACCCCCUGGUUCCAUGGGUUGGCCCUACCUAGGAGAGACCCUCAGACUUUACACUGAAAACCCAAAUUCCUUCUUCUCCAACAGGCAAAAACGGUAUGGAGAUAUAUUCAAGACACACAUACUGGGUUGUCCUUGUGUGAUGAUAUCAAGCCCGGAGGCAGCUAGAAUUGUGCUUGUGACUCAAGCUCAUCUUUUCAAGCCAACAUACCCUCCAAGCAAAGAGAAGAUGAUAGGGCCAGAGGCGGUGUUCUUUCAGCAAGGUGCCUAUCACACCAUGCUCAAAAAGUUAGUUCAAGCCUCAUUUUUACCAUCCACAAUUAAGAACUCAGUCUCUGAGGUCGACCAAAUUGUCAUCAAAAUGGUGCCAAAUUGGGCCAACACAACCAUCAACACCUUGCAAGAGAUGAAAAAGUAUGCAUUUGAAGUAGCUGCAAUUUCGGCCUUUGGUGAAAUAAAGGAGCUAGAAAUGGAGGAAAUCAGAGAGCUUUAUCGUUGUUUGGAGAAGGGCUAUAACUCCUAUCCAUUACAUCUUCCUGGGACUUCCUACUGGAAAGCAAUGAAGGCAAGGAAGCUUCUAAGUGAGAGUAUAAGGAGGAUCAUAGAGAGAAGAAGAGAAGGGGAGAACUAUGGUGGGGGACUAUUGGGAGUUCUGUUGCAAGCGAGAGGUCACAAGAUAUACCAACUCACUGAUUCUCAAGUCGCUGAUAAUCUAAUUGGUGUUAUCUUUGCUGCACAUGAUACCACAGCCAGUGCUCUAACAUGGGUCCUAAAGUACUUGCACGACAACGUUAACCUAUUGGAAGCUGUCACGAAAGAGCAAGAAGGAAUAAAAAACAAGCUAUCUAUGGAAAAUCGUGGACUUUCAUGGGAUGAUACCAGGCAGAUGCCGUUCACUACCCGGGUAAUCCAAGAAACAUUGAGAAGUGCAAGCAUACUGUCUUUCACAUUCAGAGAAGCAGUAACAGAUGUUGAGCUGGAAGGUUACUCGAUUCCUAAAGGUUGGAAGGUCCUUCCACUCUUCAGAAGCAUUCAUCAUUCUGCUGAUUUCUUCCCUCAACCAGAGAAGUUCGACCCCUCAAGAUUCGAGGUGCCACCGAGACCAAACACAUACAUGCCAUUUGGAAAUGGAGUCCACUCUUGUCCAGGCAGUGAGCUGGCUAAGCUUGAGCUUCUUGUCCUCCUCCAUCACCUCACCGUUUCUUACAGGUAUAUAACACCUUUGGAUUUUAGAUGAGUCCAUUACGACCAAACAAUUAGUAUAUGGAUCUUGAGUGAACUUUUUUGCACAAUUAGUUUGUCUGCUACUCGAGAUCCCUCAAUUGACCAUUAGAAGAUUGAUUGAUCAUUGAAGGUGGUCCUAAUUAGUGUGUUCCACAGGAUGUGGAAGUGGUCCUUUUUAAAGUAUUAGCUAGUUAACUAGGGAGCAUAUAUCUCAUCAACAACCAUGUAUUUCAUACGUAUACGUGGCACACAUGCAUGGUAUUGUUGCCAAACGUAUUCAUAAGACUACUGCACAUGUAUUUCACUAAUUUGUCAUCUUCCUAGCUGCCUAGAGACCAUAAAACAAAGUUCUUGCUAAAUUUAUGGUGUAUAGGAAGUAUUUUAUUUACACUUUG